UGCUCGCUUCUUCAGUUUACACCGGGGACCGACAACAUGCCCAUCCUGGUCAAGGAUUACACGUGGGAGCAAACCGACAAGGAAGUUUAUAUUUCCCUGCCGUUAAAGGGCACCAAAGGCGGGGCGGCCGACGUGCUUUGCACUGAGGUGUAUCUGAAGGUGAGUUUUCCUCCCUUCCUUUUUGAAGUGUUUCUGUUUGCUCCCAUCGAUGACAGAAAAAGCAUUGCUAAGGUUGGAAAUGGAAUUAUCUUGUUCACGCUGCAUAAACAAGUGCCUUCUAUUUGGGAAAUGCUGACAGCAGUCAAUCUGGAAAAGAAGGACAUGCAAAAGAUACGUGAAGAUUCAAUUGCCAGAGUUCAGGAAAAAGCAAAAGAAGAAGCCCAAACCAAGGCUGUACAGAAAAGAGAAAAUGAGAAAUAUUCUCUUGAGGUCAUGAUGAAGAUGGAUGAAGAAGAGAGAAAGCGAAUUGAAAAAGAGAAGGAGGAAGAAAGAAGAAAGGCUACAGAAGAGCUGGAGAAGUGGAAGGAGCAACAGAGGAUUGAAGAGGAACAAAAAAUGAUUCAGGUAGCACAGAAGAAGAAAGAACAAGAAAAAACGAAGAAAGAAAAAGAGAAAAAUAUGGUUAAUGCAAAUAAGUCCAUAUUUCCAAGCAAAGCAAAUUCCUGCCCAAAAGGACAUGAAAAGAUUAAUGAAAAGAUAUUGCCUCCUACUCGUACGAAUGGCUGUAUUAAAAUUCAUUUCACCCCUCGAAUCUUCCCCACUGCUGUCAGGGAGUCUCGGCUGGCAGAAGAAGAAGAGUGGUUACAGAAGCAGGCUGAGGCUCGGAGAGCUAUUAAUCUUGAUGAUCAAGAAUUUAAGGAUUUAAAAGAAGAGGAAAAAAAUCCAGAGUGGCUAAAAGAUAAAGCAAAUAAACUCUUUGCAGCUGGAGACUGUCUUGCUGCCGUGAACGCGUUGAACCUGGCCAUACGCUUGAAUAACAAGAUGCCAACGCUGUAUCUCAAUCGAGCUGCCUGCCACCUUAAAUUAAGAAACCUCCAUAAAACCAUUGAAGACUCCUCUAAGGCACUAGAGCUUCUUACACCACCUGUGCCAAACAAUGCAGCCGCAAGAGUUAAAGCCCAUGUGAGACGUGGAACAGCAUUCUGUGAGCUAGAGCUCUAUGUCGAAGGCCUCCAGGAUUAUGAAGCUGCUCUGAAGAUUGACCCCACCAACCAGAUGGUGAAAUCUGACGCAGAAAGAAUACGGCAGAUUAUCCAGGGUUCCUCCGCUGAUGCCCAAUAAAAUUGUGUCAGUCUCUCAAAACUAUACUAAAAUCAUAAAAAAGGAAGUCUAUGUGCAGGGAAACGUGACUGUGACAAGCAGACACUGACCAGAAAAAUAUGUAAAUAGCAGGUUGUAGGUACAUUUAAAAAUGCUUUUUGUGUCAACCUAUCUAUAUAAAACUUUU